AUGCCACCAUCUGUUACUACCGAAGUACAAGCACAUAAAUUUACAGGACAUCUUGGAAAUUUAAGUCCACAACAAGCAGAAGCACUAGAACAAUUUCGACAAGAACUUAAAGACGAGGGUGUGUUUAACGAGGACCGACACGAUGAUGAUUAUUUACUCAGGUUUUUAAGAGCAAGAAAAUUUGAUCUAGUUAAAACCAAAAAAAUGUUUAUUGAUUGUGAAAACUGGAGAAAAGAUUUUGGUGUUGAUGAGUUGGUUAAGACGUUUGAUUAUAAGGAACGUGAUGAAGUGAUGAAAUAUUAUCCAAGAUAUUAUCACAAAACUGAUAAGGAUGGUCGACCUAUUUAUAUUGAAGAAAUUGGCAAAGUUGAUAUUAAAUCUUUAUAUCAGGUUACCACAGUUGAACGACAAAUUCAAAAUUUAGUGGUCGAGUAUGAAAAACUUGGUUAUAUUAGAUUACCAGCUUGUUCAUUAAAACAGGGUGAACUUAUUGAAACAACAUGUACAAUUUUAGAUCUUAAAGGUGUUUCUAUUCGAUCAUUCUCUAAUGUUUUUGGAUUUGUGAAACAAGCGUCUAAUAUUGGUCAAAAUUAUUAUCCUGAACGUAUGGGUAAGUUUUACAUCAUUAAUGCUCCGAUGCUUUUCGCUUCUGUUUGGGGUUUAGUGAAACCAUUACUUGAUGAGGUUACAGCUGCCAAAAUCAUAAUUUUAAAUAGCAAGUAUCAACAAACUUUAUUGGAAAACAUUCCAGCUGAAAAUUUACCAGCUGCUUUUGGUGGAAGUUGUAAUUGUAAAAAUGGUUGUCAAUUUUCUGAUGCUGGUCCAUGGCAAGAAGAAAAACAACUCAUUGUUAAUGGGUCCAAAGAAAAUUUUAUUUAA